UUUACCUAUACAGCAUACAGAUAAAGCGGGUACCACAACCCGGUUUUUCCCAGAACGCACUUUUGUCUCAAAAUGGAAGAACUAGCGGUAGAAGUACGAGGUACCAACGGUGCUUUUUACAAGGGGUUUAUAAAGAAUAUUCAUGAUGAUGAAGUAACAGUUUCUUUUGAAAAUGACUGGCAGCCCCCAAGAAAAGUAAAGUUGACAGAAGUUCGUCCUGCACCAAAUAAACUUACAGAAAAACCAGAAUAUAAGGAAGGAGACCAAAUUGAGGUCUUAGCAAAAACACAAGAUGAUGAGGCAUUGGGCUGGUGGAUGGCAAAGAUCAAGAUGUUCCGUGGAGAGUUCGCAGUUGUUGAAUAUGUUGGCUGGGACAAAACAUACUCUGAUAUUGUACCUAUGGAAAGGUUACGGCCUGUUAAUAUUUUAUGUCCCAUAACAAAAGAUAGUUUCUAUAAACAUGUACUAGAUAUUCCUCCAGAUUUACAUGAAAUAUGUGCAGAUGAACAGUCCCAUGUAGAAUUUAAGAAACACGUUGGUGGUGCUUGUAUUAUAUUUAGUGCGGAGCAGUCAGCUUUAAUCAUUUUAUCCACCAGUUCUGCUGUGAUACAUAGGGCUUCCAUGAUGGGAGAUAUGCAUAUUAGAAAUUUACGUCAAAAAAGUAUGCUGCGACAGCGAACAGAAGAAGCUGUAAAAAAAUUACAGGAAUUGAACGUGUAUCAGAGUACAAAAAUCAAGAGUGGUCACGUGGAAGAGUUCAGUGUUGAAGACUCCCUGAUGGGUCUUGCUAUAGGUACACAUGGAGCAAAUAUUAUGCAAGCACGGAGAAUUGAGGGCGUGACUGGUAUUGAAUUGAAUGAAAGUACAUGUACUUUUAAAGUUCAUGGUGAGUCAGAAGAAGCCUGCAAGAAAGCUCGUGCCAUGCUAGAAUAUGCUGAAGAUACAUUUCAAGUACCUAGGGAACUUGUAGCUAAAGUUAUAGGAAAGAAUGGGAAAAAUAUUCAAGAUAUUGUUGAUAAAUCUGGUGUUGUGAGAGUGAAAAUAGAAGGUGAUAAUGAAAGGGAUGCUCCGAGAGAGGAGUAUGGCGAUCAGAUGUCUCCAACUUCAAAAUCGGGUCAAGUGCCAUUUGUGUUUGUUGGAACUGUUGAAAAUAUAACAAAUGCUAAAUUACUUCUGGACUAUAACUUAGAUAGUCUUCGUGAAGUAGAGCGGUUAAGGCAAGAAAAAUUAGAAAUAGAUCAACAGCUUCGUACCCUAGCUGGGCCUCAGUCUGGACCCUAUUUUCCUGCUCCCAGAGAGAGACGUGACAGCAAUGAUCCGUAUUCCAGUGACAGAGAACAUGACAGACGAGGUGGUUACCGUGGUGGCAGGGGUCGUGGAAGGGGUCGAGGAAUGCGGAGGUUUAAUGAUAGAUUCACAGAUGACUCAGAACCUCAUGUUGGUGUUGGUGAUUGGAAUAACGAAGUUGUGAGAGAGGAGCGGCGACAAUCUGGCUAUCUUACUGACAGUGUUCUCAGUCGGGGAGGUCGCGGAGGCUACAGAAGUCGGGGUCGGCCCAGAAUACCUAGGGGAAGAGGUUAUUCGUCUAACAGAAAUUCAGAUUAUGAUAGUGGUUGGGGACAUUAUCCUCCCAGACAAAGAGAUACAAGUUAUAGAAUGUCGUAUGAUACAGAUGAUCGUUAUGAUAGGACAGACAGAUCACGUCGUCGUAUGACAGAUGAUGAUGAUACCGUCCUUGAUAACGCCAGUGUCAAUAGUCAAGAUCAAGAUUAUAGUGAUAGUCGUUCUGGCAAUGAUCGUCGGCGUCGUAGAAGACGUAUGCGGCCAGGCAGAGGAAACAGCAGUGCUGCAUCUGGUACAGAAACCGACACCAGUGUAUCUAAUUAUCCCCCACCACGUAGCGGCAAUGCUGGUGCCUCAUCAUCACGAGGUAAAGGCGCUAAUUCUAAAAAUGACACUCGCAAUGAAUCUCCAGUUCCUAGUUCAAAGGCGGCGAAUGGUGAAAGUCAAAGCGAGUCGGUGCCCAAAGAGCAGCGUGAUUCAAGAAGAGGUGGGUUUAACCGACCACCAGUGAGGAAUGGGGUAGCCCCAAGGAAUUCCCAGAAUGGGCGGGAAGCUGAGAUUAAAGGAGGAAAAGUCAGCCAAGAAUCAUCGUCAACUGGCGGUAACCAAGAGCAGUUGGUGAAUGGUCAAAAUUGAGUUAUUUCAAGUUGUGAUUUGUUAACAAUUUUUUCAAAUUGUUCAUGAAUGUUAUCCAACUAAUUUAUUCAAUUAAGAAGUGUUUGCUAUGAAUUCAUUGGCUGAUUUUAGAACGUAGAGUAAUUAGAAAUGAAGAUAUACAAUAGAAGACAGUGCUGUACGAGGAUUCGCUUGAUUAACAGAUGAUGAAGAAUAUGGAACAUGUUCCAUUAAGUUUCAUAUUUCUAAUCGAAUAAUGACAAUUUCUCAUGAUUUAUGACACAAGAGCUGAACAUGACAAGCCAACCAAGAUAAGACAUUUUACCCAUCAGUGUAACAUUUCAUCUCUCAGCCAAAUUAACACAACGUCUGGCAUGCAGGACUUAAACUGUGUAUAAAAUGAAAAAGGACAAACAAGGAAAACUAUAGACUAAAUGUGAAAAGAAACAGGCCAAAGUUGCAACUAAACGUAAAAAAAUAGAUAAUACAAGAGAUGGAAAUUAACAUUGAGAGAAAUGUAUUACUUUUAUCAGUGACAAUUAUUGUUUGUGUCUGUCUGCUUGGAAAUUAAAAGUUACUCCAUUCAGGCCACAUUUCCAUCUAGACAGAGGUAGAAAGUGAGUUAGACAACAUACUGACAAGCUUUCCUUUCACAAGACAUUAUAAUGGUGAAUAAUUUGUUAAUGGCCUAAGUGCAUUACAGUAUAAUAAAAAGGUUAGAAUUUGAGAUUUAAAAGCAAUAAACAUAGAACAAGGACAUAUACUUUCCUGGAUUUUCGACAAUAUAAAUGUAGAUAGGUGACUGAUAGAUGUACAAAUGUUAUAACUUGUCUGUGUGGUUCGCUGCGUUCUUUGUAAACAUGAGAAUUAAUUGUCAUGGCAACCAGAAAUCCGAAUCACCCUAUAUGUCUGCUUGUUAUUCCAUUUUUUUUGUGUUCACCAAUAUUUUGUUUUUUUUCCAAGGCUUGAUUUACAUGUAUCAAUGUAAGAUGUUAUACUCUAAAAAAUGGCCGAUUGUUUUAAAGCCAACCAAUUGAAUGGCAAUAUGCAUACAAAGCAGGGUUAUGUAUGUUCUAAUGUGAAAACUACUUUUAUUUCUAUUUAUUAUUGACACCAGUUUAGUUCGCUUGCAACAUGUUAAUUAAAAUCUGAAUUAUUUUGUUUCAUUAUUUGAAGACUGUUUGCAUUUUUUUGCAGAAAUAUUUGUCAUUUCCCAAGCUAUUCAACAUUUUAAACUGAAUAACAUACCUUGAAAUUGCUUAGUAAGUUUGCCUGCUGUCUGUCUGUGUGUAUGAAAGAUUUGUACAAGUUCGUAUUUUGAAGUAUUUCACAUGUUUCUGUUUAUUCCAGCCUUGAUGUCAGAUGCAAAUAUUAGCAUUCUAAACACAUGAUAAUUUCUCAGUCUUGGCUUAACUUCAUGGAAUAAGACAACAUAAGGUUAAAUCUGUUCAUACAAUAUAUGGAUUGUAAAUUACACAAAGUUUUACUGAAACUUAAUGUUGUAGCCUACUGGGGGUGGUAGUAUAGAUAGGUCAUACUCAGACUAUCUCAAAAUGGCAAAAUUAUGGUUAACUGUGUGAGAAUUUUGUGCACACAUACUUUAAUUUUUCCACAAAAUUAUGCCAUUUUCUUGAAAACUGUGUGCCAUAUCACAUAUUCUUAAAACUGUUAUAAAAUGGAUGCUACAUAAGAGAGUGUUUAUGAAAUGUUUGUAGAUAUAUUUGCAGUUAGUUUUCUCUUGUUUUUAAUCUAUCUGGGUCUAUAGUAAUGCAGUUACAUACUGUCCAUCUUUGAGGGUUUGCUCAAAAGUGUCUUUGACCCAGAUGAUGUUAGACAGAUUUUUUACUUUUAACAACUACUUCUCCCAGGGAAUUCAUUAAUGAAUGGAGCAUUAUUUAACUGAAAGGGAUUCAGUAUUGUACAUAUAAAUGCAUACAGGGCAAGACUACAUGGUGCCUGAAGUUACUUAACUUGAAGCCAGAUUUUUUCCCUGUACUUCUGGAUGGAAUUAAAUCAGAUCUCAGUGGGUACAGCUUCGGAUGGCAGGUAGUUAAGAUAACGCAGAAUGAACAAUUGUUUUGUCCCAUUUUGGUGAAGGUCGUGCAGGGUGACCAUUCAAAAUAUUUUGGGAGCAGUUGUUGUAAGGUACCGAUAUAAGUAAUUAACAAGAAUUUUAGCAGGAUAUUCUUAGUUUGAAGGAGUACACUCAUUUUAAUCAACUUUAGAAGAAAAAAAAUGAAAAAAAAACAAACUAAUUAAAACUAAACAUUUCUUCUUCAAAAGGCUGAUUUGCAGGAAUUUAAAUCGAUCUAUUUUAUUUUUAUGUACCCCCGCCUCCCCAGCCCCCAUUAAAAAAGUUUUAAAAAGCAGUUUCUUUUUGCCGCAUGCAAUGCAAAGCAAACAUAAAACAGCUGACAGAAUUGCCAAAGAAAUAACAGUGACAUUUUUGCAUUUUUUCCUGUUGAGUGAAUGUUUAUUAAUGUAGUCUUAACUUGUGUAAGAUAGAGAUUUUCAUUGCAUUCAUAUCACUGUAUAUUUAUUAUGCAUAUCAUUAUGAAAGACAAUUUGCUGUGGAGUUUUAUAAGAGUUACUUCUAACUUUGUAUGCUUUGUUCUAUUUAGAGUUUCUUUUUUUUGUGUGUACAUGCUCUAUUCUUGUAUAGAAUGAAUGGUUUCCAAAGACUCAAAUGUAGCAUAAGGAUGUAUUAUGGUAGGUUUUCUUUAAGUUUAGUUGUGAAAAAUACUGCCAAGUUUGUUUCUUUUAUUUUUAUCUCACCAAGUUGUCACAAGCACAAGUAGUCACAUUUGAUCUCAACUUUAGCAAAGAAAAAGUAUGUAAAGCUUAAAAUAGUAAACAUUGCUUUAAAGAAUGUAUCUUAAUAUGAAAUUUCUAUAGCUCUCAUUUAUUUGAUAGCCAUUAGCAUGAUGUAUUAUUAUUUAUCUACCUUCUUUCUUAAAAAUAAGGAUACAAGACCUAAGGUUAUGAAACAGUUUGGAGACCAGUAAAAAACUUCCAUGAUAUGUCGGUCAAAAGCUAUACAUAGCUUAUGUUUAUAAUGUUAUCUACCGACAAUAAAUAUAUAUUGACUUGACUUGACUUGACUUGACUUGAUCUGAGUGGUCGAUUCAAAGCACAGAUUUGAAAUUGACCAAUGAUAAAGCUGCAAUUUGAGACUGGUCCACAAACACAAUUUCGAUAACCCUGGACCUUAUAUGGCAUAUUUAUUAUCACAGUUUACACUUUCACACACUUUCUUGCAAUUGUAUGCUUAUGGUGAUGCAUUAUGCUAGUGAAAGUUGAAAGAAGUAAUGCUCUAAGCAAGCAGGAGUCAGUAGCGCAGUGGUUAGCAGAUUGGACUACAACGCCAGCGGUCUUGGUUCGAGUCCCUGGUCGCAGCUGAUAUCCUGACUAGUGUUCUGUGCUGAAUGAUUUACUUAAAUUGCUACUUUUUCCAGCAACAUUGGCCUAGACUGGAUGUUGGGGAGGUAAAUAUGACACCUGCUGGAAAUAGGUUGUUCUAUCCCUACCAGGUUGGGACUUUCGUCAACUACCCACGUUAAACAAGAAACGUUACCUUUACCUUUUUAGGCAUACUUAUCAAAGAUCAAUAUAUUUGAAAAAUUUGAUAAAUGAAUAGUACAGUCCACAUUAAUUGUUUCCAUUUCAUAUACUGUCAGUUGAAUGCUAAAAUUAGUCAUUUGGCUUACCUGUAUAGUUUUAAUGUGUACUAAAGCGGGAUUUUUCUUGAUCAAGUUUGGUUUGAGAUAGUGACAUCCAGGCUGGCAUAGUUCCUAAAACUACCAUUCUAGGUGGCCGGUUUGAUCCCCAGAGAAGUUGUAUGUUCAGUUUGAACACCAGAGUUGUCUUUAGAGUUGAUCAUUGAUAAGGCAUAUGUUCAGUUUGAUCCCCAGGAAAGACAUAUGUUCAGUUUGAUCCACAGGGAAUAUGAUCUACCUGGUUCAUUGCCAGUCAUAAUGAUAAAAUACUUCUGAAAAAACAGCAUUAAACCAACAAAAAAAAAAAAAAAGAGAAAACUCUGGCAGGUACUGGUAUGAAUUAGUACACCGUUUAUGAUGAGAUUAUAUUGGGGAGAAAAAAUGUUCGGAAAGUGUAAAUAUGUGAAUAUAGUUUCUGUAAGUGACAUUUGUAUGAUUAUGGAAAGGGAUUGAAAGAAAUAAGUUUGUAAAACUUGGACUAAUAUCUUCUGUAGCUGUAGCUGAUACAUUGAAUGUUUAACAUAUAAAUACAUUGGAAUACUGGUUAAACAUCUGGGCUGGUAUUCAUCAACAGUUUAAGUCUGAAACUUUAGGAUUCAGGACAGAAUGCAAAAUGUUCAAUUUUUCAACUUCGCUUGUAAUCCAUUAAAACUGCUCAAGUUUUGUUUAGCUGUCUAUAGCAUCAGAAUGCAGUUUCAUACGUUUUGUCAUAUUACACUUGAAUUUAACACUGAUAUAGCAAAAUGAACAUUUUUAAAAGUCUGAGUCGAAGUUCAGACUUUAAACUCCUGACGAAUGUGAGCCCAUGACAAAUAUACGGUAAAAAUAUUUUGUAAAUAGAAGGAUAUGUAUUUUUUAGGAAAAAUACCAAAUUUGAAGUUGCUGCAUAACAUUAUCACAACUUGAAAUGUUACAAGGAAUUAUUUUGAUGUUGAAUGUACAUUGAAAUUUUAGGAGAACUGAUUAUUUUUGAAUAUGUUUUGAUUGUGUUUUUGUUAAAGAGGUUGAGGAAAGCCUGUAGAAGGUUAACUAAAUCAAUGAUUAGAUAGGUCAUUGUAAAUAGAGAUUGAAUUUUCCUGGCAUACCUUAAUAUAGAACUGUGCACCAGACUGGACACAAGUUACUGGCGAUGACAAAGCUAUACAGGGUAUACUUAAUAUUCAUUUUGAUGUAGAUGUACAGAACUGUUGCUGGGUUGCAAUACCCUAACCCCAGUCGACUGUUAACACAAUGACGUAGGUCAGGGUGCCUUUCACACAGCAGUACAAGGCUGAUAUUAAUAGUUAGUAGGUUGGAAGAAGGUAAGCUGUGCAGUUGUGUUAUAACAUUAAAUUGCAUUAUGUACAACUGACUUAUAGAGAACUUUUGUGGUAAGAUAAAAUUGCAGUACAAAAUGACUGUUUCUGUGAACGAAAAAAAGUAACUAUUAAAACUGAGAGGUGAUACUAAUUUAUUAAGUAUACAAUUCUUCUUUUAUUACUUCUACAGUAGAGUUUCACAAAUGUAUCUGAUAUUACACACAAAAAAAUCACCCUAACAUUAGAAACUAGUUACUGACCAGUAUUUUUAUUCUGUCUCAGAUUUUGAAUUUUUAAAGUUUCGAUAAAGAACUUUGGAUACAACAAGUGAAUGCCAGUGUUAAUGUUCUGUUUUUACCUUUGUUUAAGUUAAAGUAUUGUUUAUUGUCAAUUCUGAUUAUAGUUAAUUACUUGUAAAAUUAACAUGUUAUGUAUGGAUUUUUUGUGGAAAGGUGAAAGAACACUUGUUUAAACUUGUAAGGAAGGGAUAUUUGCAUUUACUAGAUAUAAAUUAAUGAUAACAGUGUUUGAAAAGGAGAGGAUGAUAACAAGAAAUGAGAUAAAUUUGUUGCACUUUAUAUGCAUGUUUUCUAAAAAUGGGAUUGAAAUCCCAGUUAUACAUGUACAAUAUAUAGACAUACAGCUUAUCUAGACUAUUCCUACAAGUAGAAAUCACAGGUACCUAGUGAGAGCAGAAAAGUUGUGGGUUCAAUCCCUGGGAAAGACAAAUGUUCCUUUUACAUACUAGUGUGUUUAAAGUCGAUUGUUUCCAAUCUGUACCAGUAAAUCAUGUGGGGAAGUUGAUGUGCUUCUUGUGGAGAACAAUUCAGUACUGGUACAGAAUCCAUAAACACUGACUUUGUUAAUUGAGUGCCCUUAAAUAACCUUAAAUACAAUAGAAAAAAGAUGUUACAUCUGUAUCAUUGAAACUAAAAGUAUCUGUAAACCAGAUAUGAGCCGUGCCAUGAGAAAACCAACAUAGUGGCUUUGCGACCAGCAUGGAUCCAGACCAGCCUGCGCAUUCGGCAGUCUGGUCAGGAUCUAUGCUGUUCGCUUUCAAAGCCUAUUGCAAUUAGAGAAACUGUUAGCGAACAGCAUGGAUCCUGACCAGACUGCGCGGAUGCGCAUGCUGGUCGCAAAGCCACUAUGUUGGUUUUCUCAUGGCGCGGCUGAUAUUAUUAAAUAAACUACUGUUAAAGGUGUCAUUUUUAUGUUUAUUGAUAAGAUUUGUUCUGAUAGCACCAACAGUUUUUGAGGUCUUCAGAUUUAUAAGCAUUAUCAGUGAAACUUGAAUGUUUCAGUGUAUUCAAAUGCAUUUAGACAAAAUGAAAGCAAAUCUGAUACUGCAAAAUCCUUUCAUUUCAUGGGCAAUAAAUUGACAUCUUUGACAUGUUACUUAUGUAUGAGCAUAAUCAGUGAAAGUUUCGACAUAUUCAGAUGCAUAAGCAAAUCUAAUACCAUAAAUUCCUUUCAUUUCGUGGGCAAUAAAUUUCAGUGUUUUUGUCAAAUGGGGACAUCAAUUUGUGGCUUUCAAAUUCUAAAGAUAUGAUAAAUAUAAAAUUGUUUGUUUGGAUUUUACUUUGGGGAUUUAUGCUAUAAUUUAAAUUAUAAAAUCCACACAAAUCGGUUCCACAAGAAUAUUGAUUUCACAGAACUGUAUCUGAACGAAUAGAGACACAAAAUUACAGGAAGCGAUAAAAGUUCUUGUAUUCGUUCAAAGUACUUGCAAGGAUGGAAACUGUGCUAGAAAAACCCUCGGAUUUGAGACCGUUGUUUAGAUACAACUAGUAAUCCUGUAUUAUGCGUGACAUUUACACAAGAUAGUGACAUAAAAGUAUUAUUUUCUAAUUGCAACAGUAUCUUUACGGAGAUUAAACCAACAUGUACAGUUGGAUGUGCUUUUAUUUCAUGGUUUUUCAUAAUAGGUCAUUGAUUUUAUGUUUUUGUAUGAAAUAAAUCAACAAUAAAUAUUUGAAUUAAA